UUGCAACAGUUGCAACCACGUGGAUAUGUAAUUCAGUCUAAUUAAAGCUCUCUAACUAAGAAAAAUAUAUUUAAAAAGAAAUAAAAAUUAUAAGUAAUCAAAAAAUCGGACACAUUCAAUUUUUAUGUGAGUAAAAAAAAAAAAAUGUUUACCUUAUGGCUGGAGUUUUAAAGUCUAAAAAUUGAAACAGACCAGCUUAACAAAAAUGGUCAACCCACCCAAAUUGCCCAAACAAGAUUUGUUGGCCUUUUUGGGAGCCAAAUUGGCCAAACAAGUUUUGUAGGCCUUUCUGGGAGUGGUAGCUCUAACAUCUACAACUCCUCCAGCUCAGACAGGUCCGGAUCAAUAAAGCCCAUCUCACCGCCAAGUAAACGCUAAGCAUUCAAAUCGAAGCACUCAGUCGAACAAAACGUUCGCUUCAAAAUUGUAACCAAUUGAAAAUGUCUCUGAGAACAACCAUCAAACACCUCAGACGCAUCACUUCCGUUCGCUCUCUCUCACACUUUUCUCCCCACCACCGCCACGAGGACCACCGUCAGCAGCCUCCUGAACAAGACCCAUAUUCUCUUUUAAAAGAAGACCCUAUCCAAGUCCUCUCAGACCUCUGGGUCCGAACCUUCUCUGAUCACCACAACCAAACCCAGACUUGCAAACCCUUUUCCAACCUCACCGGCUUUCUCUCCAAGCUCGAUCUCUGGGUUUUGGCAUACCAGCGCACGUGUGCCCACGUGACCGGAUCUUUUCCUCCUCGUAACGCCAUUCAUUCCCACAUACUCUGUGACCUCCUAUCCCUCCGCAACGCCAUCGUCAAAGGUCAGUUCGUCUGGAACAUGAAGACCCACCUCUACAUUCGCAGUCCCAACGACAAACCUCUCACCACAGUGAUAUCCAGACGCAAGCUCCAAUCGAUUCUAGACUCCGAUACGCCGCCUUUUCAAGACCGCGUUGUUCAGGAAGUCCUCUUGAUGAUUCUGGAACCCAUUUUCGAGUCUCGGUUUUCGCCCAAAUCGCACGCCUUUCGACCCGGUAGGAAUGCGCACACAGUCAUUCGGACCAUUCGGAGUCAUUUUGCUGGGUAUCUAUGGUUCUUAAAAGGUGAUAUGAGCGAAAUUUUUUCCAAUGUCGAUAAAAAUGUUGUGAUGGGUUUUGUUGAGAACGCAGUGAAGGAUAAGAAAGUAUUGAGCUUGAUCAAAACGGCAUUCGGAGUACCGUUAAGAAAUGGAUUACGAUUUGGUACUGAAAGUAAGGGAGAGUUUGGAAGGAAGAAGAGGAAGAAAAGAAAGGGGGCCACUAAGAAAAAGAUUCUGAAUUGGAAUGAGCCGAAACCAGACCCCUACUGGUUAAGAACUUUCUUCGAUUUUUCCCCUGAGGAAGCUGCCAAGGUACCCAAUUAUGGUCAUUGUGGAAUUCUUAGUCCUUUACUUGCUAAUGUAUGUCUUAACGAAUUGGAUCACACCAUGGAAGAAGAAAUUGCUAAGUUUUUUCAGCCAUCUAAGCUCGAUUCAAUUUGGAAAGAUUCAAUUAAUGAUGGUAGUCAUAACCCUGCUUGGCCUGAGUUUGUUCCAUCAAGUGGGAAGGAGAAAACAAGAAAAAUGGAUUACAUUCGUUUUGGGGGUCAUUUCUUGAUUGGAAUUCGAGGACCUAGAGAGGAUGCAGUGGAAAUUCGCAAGGCAAUCAUUGAAUUUUGUGAUAGCAAAUAUGGGAUAAGGUUGGAUAAUUCGAAGGUGGAGAUAGAGCACAUAACUAGGGGAAUUCAGUUCUUGGAUCAUAUAAUUUGUCGUCGGGUGAUACACCCAACUCUUCGUUACACAGCUACUGGUGGUAAAAUUGUGAGUGAGAAAGGUAUAGGGACUUUGCUUUCGGUUACUGCUAGCUUGCAACAGUGUAUUCGCCAAUUUAGGCGGCUCGCGUUUGUUAAGGGUGAUAGAGAUCCUGAGCCACUGCCUUGCACUCCAAUGCUCUACUCAAGUCAAGCCCAUACCAAUGCACAGAUGAAUAAGUUCCUCGAGACAAUGGCAGAUUGGUAUAGAUAUGCAGAUAACCGCAAGAAAAUUGUUGGAUUUUGUGCCUAUGUGAUUCGUAGUUCUCUAGCUAAACUAUAUGCAGCAAGGUAUAGAUUAAAAUCUCGUGCCAAGGUGUAUAAGAUAGCUUCACGUGAUCUCAGCCGUCCAUUGACGGAGAAUAGUAACAAUUCUGCACCUGAAUAUUCAGAUCUUUUGAGGAUGGGGCUUGUUGAUGCCAUUGCGGGUGUUCAGUUCUCUCACAUGUCUAUGAUUCCAUCAUGUGAUUACACUCCAUUCCCAAGGAAUUGGGUGCCUGACCAUGAACAGGUGUUGCGCGAGUAUAUCAAGCUACAGGACCCAAAAUUCUUCUGUGAGUUGCUUAAAUCAGUUAAACGUAAAGGAUUAGUUCUGCCUCAAGAUGAGAUAUCUGAAAUUUUGUGGGACUGCAAGACUCUUGGAAUUCGGAAUUCCUGUUCUAAUGGUGAUUAUCAAAUGAAAAAUGCUUCAGAGAAUGUAUUGAUAUCAUCAUAAAUUCAGGAUUAGAGAGCCCUGGAAUUUAACUUCAUGGUUAAUGAUUGCUAGCAGGAGGUUUACUCCAAAGGAUUAUGGGCUUUGUCUGUCCACGUAACACACAGUUCAGAUGCAUGGGCAGUUACAUGACUAUCAUCAGAGUUUAGAUUCUUUUGGAUUAAUAGUCUGAUAGUCAUGAAGAAUUAGCACCAUUGUGAUGCUACUUGUGGAUAAAUUCAGCUUUGCACUACAUUUAUUUUUUCCUCCGAAGCUGCAUCCAAGAAGAGGGGGUAGGUAUACAGCUGCAUUUUGACAUUAUGCUGGUAAUAGUUAACUUGUUAUGCCAUAGUUGGAGAAUUGAAGGAUUACAUAAUGGUUUUUAGUUUCUGCUGUCAUGAAGCCUCUUGGUGGUUGUCGUAAGUCACAUAUCAUGUGAUGCCCUCUACCCCUUUGAAGCUCAUUCAGAAAGGGAAAUUGAAACAAGCUUAGUAACUUGGAAAGUGGUGUUUAUGCAACGGAGGAAGGUGGUGGGUUGGCAUUAGGAACUUUUGUACUUUUAACCAAGCUUUGUUAGAUAAGCGGUUAUGAUAAUGACGAAUGGAGACGGAAUUUUUUUGUGGAGAAGGGGGUUGUUGGAUAGUGUGGAAGCAUUAGGGAUGAUUGCUUGUUUAUUGAAGCUCUACAAGUGGGACUUUGGAAAGCCAUUAGGUUUUGCUGGGAGGGAUUUGAUGAGUGUUUUUUUUUGGGCUCCAUUUUGAUGCCCUUUGAGGUAUAUGUUACUUAUUGAAAGGAAAAAGAAGCAUCAACAUUAUGUAAUUUCUUUUACAAA